AUGCCGGGCGGCACCACCACGCGCAGGAUCCUGGCCGUCAGUCUCGACGGCCAGGCCCACCAUCUAAGCAGCAUCAUAAAAGACCUCACCGGGUCGGCGCCCCGCCAUCCGGCAUCAGCCUCCCUGGCCGGCGCGACGCACGAGCUUCGCCUCCGGACGCGCUACUACUCGGCCACAGUGCCCAUCUGGCUGGACCUGGUGUCCUCGCCGUCCGAGUGGGCCGCGUCCUUCCUGUCCCCCGAGGCGGACGAGGUCCUCGCCGCCCUGGGGGCCGUGGUCCUCGUCUUCGAGCUGCCGCGGGAUGGGGGCCCGUCGUCGGCAGGCCCGGCGGGCAGCCUGGUCCAACAGGUCGGCCGGGUGGUGGACGAGGGCCUCGGCGGGUGGGACUGGGACGGCGUGCGCCUGGCCGUCGGGGUGGGCGGGAGCGCCGCCGCGGACGAGUGGGAUGAGGUGUGCGCCGCGGCCGGGCUGGAGUUUGUGCACGUGGGCGGGGAGAGCCCGGUGCGGAACGAGUUUGGCGAAACGACGGGCGUUGCGCGCGUCAGGGAGGCGCUCGAGGCGAACGAGUGGGCUGACGUGGGCGACGGCCAUGCGCGCCGCGGCGGCGACGACGACGACGACGACGACGACGACGACGAUCACCUCGACCCGGAGGACUUGCACUUUGGCCUCGGCCCUGCCGAUCUGGAGGCCUUGAGGGAGGCCUUGGUCGGGGCUGAUACGGUCGGGGCUGAUACGGUCGGGGCUGAUACGGCCGGUGCCGGGCUGCCAGCAGAGGCCGUGGGAGGCGGUGAUGAUGCCCCCGGGGAGCAGCAGGUCGACCAGCUGGAAAGCAUGAUGCACAGGCUGCUGGCGGUUCGCGAGGCUGCCGACGGGCUACCCGACGGGCAGAGGCGACGCAUGGCCGCCAGGGCCGUGCAGCAAGUCAUGAGGGAGCUGUGA